AUGCCAAACAGCAGAAUUCUUGCUGCGGUGGAACCGGAAAAGAUUUUAACAUCAGAUUUCUCGGGUCUAUUUUUUGAAGGUCAAUCAUCUUCAAAAUAUAUCAUAAGAAUCCUUACUGAGGGGAUUGUUAUUAAUAAUAAAAAAUAUAAUUAUCUUGGGCAGUCGAAUUCGUUGUUAAAAGAUCGAAAAUGCAUUUUAAUGGAAGCGGAUGAACGAGAGAUUAAACGAUUUCUUGAUAAAUUCGGAGAUUGGACCAAAUUUAAUAAUACAGCAAAAUUGGCAAAAAGGAUAGGUUUAUUGUUUUCAACUGGGGAAAAAGUUCUCGAUUUACCAUUCGACAUUAAUGAUAAUAACGUUCUCAUAGAUGAUGUCACGAAAGAUGAUUUUUGCUUUACGGAUGGGUGUGGCCUUGUUUCGAAAGAAAUCAUUCGAGAAAUUUCAAACAAAUUGAAAAUAAAAUAUCGUAAUAAACGUUACGAUCCAUGCGUAAUUCAAAUUCGUUAUCGAGGAUUCAAAGGAAUUUUGUUGUUAGGAACAGAAUUAAAAGGAAAGACUUGUCGUUUUCGAAAAUCAAUGAAAAAGUUCGAGUACCGGGCAGAUAAUACCUUUUAUGUCGUUGAACAUUCAAAGCCCUACGCUUUCGGGCGUUUAAACACACAGAUAAUCAUACUUCUAUCCUCGCUUGGUGUACCUGAUGAAGCAUUACUGCAUAAACAGGAACAGCACUUUGAACGUUUGAAUUUAAUGUUUACGAAUAUAUCUAUAGCUUUCGAAUUUCUCUUGACAAACGGUGAAGUGGCCCUUGCAGACGAACUAUUUGAGAAUGGAUUCACGGAAAAAAUUAUAAACUACCUUAAUCAAUCAUACAAUAAAGAGUUGAAUUCAUCAAUAAAAAUAAAAAAAGUUCGCAGCGAAACCGUUGAAUCGGAAAAGUUGCGUAUAAUAGUGAAGGAUUCGCGGUUGGCAUUUGGUGCUUCGGAUCCCACCCCCACCAGGAAGUUAAAAGAAUACCAAUGCUUUUUUAGACCAAUUAUUAACAAUAAACCUACCACUAUCAUCGGCCCUAUUUUUUAUGUACGCAACCCCUGUUACCACCCCGGGGAUAUCGUCGUCCUUAAGGGGGUCCAUCUUCCUGAAUGUGAAGAUAUUGUCGAUGUGUUAUUGUUUUCCGUGAACGGAGAUGUACCCGCAGCACAUAAAACGGCCGGUGGUGAUUUGGAUGGGGACAAGUUUUUUGUAUGCUGGGAUUCGGAACUAAUGCCACGAGAGACGGCAGAAUCGUACGGAUAUCCUGGAGGAAAGGAUGUCGUCAAUCAUAAUAUAAAACGUGCUGAUCUCAUCAAGCACUUCGCCAUGUUUAGCAAUGCUGGAGUUUCCCGGUGUGCCUCUCUAUUUACGAAAUGGGCUGACGCAAAAGGUCCUAAAUGUCUUGAAUGUCUACAGAUCAACAAGUUGUUUUCAAGUGCUGUGGAUGGUCAAUCUGUAAAAAUCCCUAGUUUUCUGACGCAACCUCCCGAAGUUGAUGAUCAAAUUGUACAAAAUAGAAUUUGGAAUAAACUUACUAAUGUCGCGGAAAAAAAAAGGGAAGAGAGCAAAACAUUAAAAAAGAACAAAGACCUUUCUAUUAAGCUGAAGAUGGGUCGAGAAGAGUUGUGUACGUUUCUAGAAGAGGGUUGUUACGAAGCAACAGAUUACGAGUUGCUGUGCUUCCUUAUUCGAUGGUGUCAUGUCAACGAUGAAGACAUCAAAGAGUUUCUAUAUUAUUUAGAUUUUACCACAUUUACCGUUGACGAAAAAAGAGCCGCUAUCGCGACGGGAAGAGUUCCCAUUGAUCAAAUGCUUAAUGCAAUACAUUCGUCAAAUAUCAUGGAUUGUAAAAAAAUGAUCAAUUAUUUUAGCCUUGGAGAAGGUAAAAAUCAUUGGAAAUUAUUUCAUCAAGACAGCGAAAUUCAGUACUCGACAAGCAUUACACCAGAUAUUUCACGAGCCAUCGCAAGUUUUCGUAGAGUGUUCAUUGCUCUCAAAUUUGAUCAUGAACUUAGUGUUUGUAUAUCAUUAUAUGGUGAAUUCGAAAUCGAAGAAGAAAAUGAUGCGGACGGUAAGAUAGAUAUUUAUGGGUUCAAUAGAAGUGGGACAAUCAUUAAAAAAAAAUCAUGUACGGGCGGCUACAAGCUUUCGUUCAACGAAAAUUACCUACAAAUUUAUCAUUCACACAAGCGUAACACUUUUGUUUGGCUUGGAAGCCCCAAACAUCUACAAACGGAUAUAAUUUCGCUAAACGAUUUGGACGUUAAGUCUUCCUUAAGCGUUGCCAUUGAUAAAUUGUGUCACACAACUGCGAAAAAGACAAGUAAGAUCCAAAAAAAGAAAUUGUGUAUGUCUGAAAUUUAUGUGGUUAGUAACCGUGACGGUAUACAUACAAGAUACCAAGUGGUAAAUCCCGAAUACAGGGUAAAUAUGGAAAUACCGGAUGUUGAUGAAGAUUAUAACCCGCCAGAUUCAACAAACGUCAAUGAUGAGAAUGAUAAAAGAUUGUUAUCCCUUCCUCUUUCCGCCAAUAAUGUGAAUGAGCUUAUGGAGAGAAUGGAAUGUUGGAUUAAAUAUGCUAAAUACGACAGAGUGAUUAAAGCAUAUGAAUUAUAUUUAGGUAAUAAUAAUUCCAGGUCAGACUUACAAAAUCUAGUCGAAUUUUCGUCAAAAAUUCCAAUUGUCUAUGGCUCAUUGAUUAAAAUGAUACAGACCCAUUCUUUAGAAGUUCCAAGUAUGACCUUGGUUAGCUUGAUCGGAACUUGCUUUAAAGCAAGUAAAUGUAAAGAAGAUACGGUGGUGUUAGAAAGCGUAAACAAUCUGCUAAAGUGUUCCGUUUCGAUUAGCAUGAUUCAAUUAUUCGAGAUUAUUAACCAUCUCGUUCUUUAUUAUCCGUGUCCCAGAGUCUUACUUGAGGAAUAUCAAGAAGGCGAAAGGGAAGGAAAAAAUUAUUUAGAGGAUUUAUUUGAUAUCAUUAAACAAAAACUGGAACCGCCGGUAAAUAUUCCUGAGACAGCAGUUACACAUUUUAUGCACUUGGUCAAGAUAUUAUGUAUUCAAACCUUGGAGGAAAGUUAUUCAGAAAAUCAAAAAACUCCUCGAAACCGCUAUCAAGCGCGUCAAAAUAAAGCAAAAGCAAAAAACAGAGUUAAUCUCAUGUCUACAGGACCAUCUCAGAUCAGGUUACGACCUGGUGAUCUCAUUAUAUUAAAGAGACUUAAUAAAAAGUCAAUCGAGCCAAUUUCUGUCAUACGAGCGGUCGUUAUAACCAUGGAACCGGAAGCAUCUAUAGAAGUGUCAUGGGUUCCUAGAGAUAUAUUAAUAGCAACAUGGAAAGUAAAGAAAGUGGGAAAUAUAAUUGGUUUCAGACAAUCAAUGGAAGCGAUUGAAAGGUUGUACCCAACCCAAAUGGAUGAAAUUUCUCCGCUACUUGAUCGAAUAAUAGAACCGAAUAAAUUCGACAUUACUAUUGUGACAAAUGCGACGGACACAACGGAUGAAGGUUCGUCAACGACAACUUCUAACCAAGCACUUAAUCGCAGUCAACAGAAAGCAAUUGAGAAAGGAAAAAACGGAAUUCUUACACUUUGGCAGGGUCCUGCGGGCACCGGAAAGACAAAGAGCAUCUAUCAACUAAUUUUAAACCUACUUGACCUUAACCCGAAACUACCAAUACUUGUGACAGCAGCCACAAAUGCUGCAGUGGAUAAUAUAGCGCUGCUUUUGAUAAAGCUUGAAGGUAUCAAAACUAUUCGUAUCGGAGAAACAAAAACACCAGAGCUAUUUCCGAUUACUCUUGAAGCUGGAUUAGAUGGUUCAUUCAAGAGAAUCAAUUCUAAAAAAGGACAGGAACUUCUUAAGAGUGCAAAAAUUAUUUGUGCCACUUGCGUUGGGAGCGGUACGUCUCUUUUGGAGAAAAUCGAAUUUGAAUUUGUGAUUGUGGAUGAAGCCUCUCAGGUUUCUGAACCCAAUUGUCUUAUUCCGUUAUCAAAAAAAUGCGAACGCUUCCUAUUGGUGGGUGAUCACAAACAAUUACCACCAUUUUGUCACCCAAAAGCAAAGGAAGCAGGUUAUUCUGUCUCGUUAUUUGAACGAAUGCAUACCAGUUCGUAUCCAUUCAACUUGCUGGAUACACAAUAUAGGAUGCAUCCAGGAAUCUCUAAAUUUCCGAAUGACGAGUUUUACCAAGGAAGGUUGAACGAUGGGAUAAAUUUCGUAGAUAGGCCCUUGGUUGAAGGAUUUAAUUGGCCGAAUCCAAAAGUUCCCGUGUCAUUUGUUCAAGUUUCUGGUAUCGACUCGCCAGGCAGAGGUGGAUCCAGAUAUAAUGAAAUGGAAGUUGAAAAUAUCAUUAACACAGUGAAGAGGAUUGUAGAAAAUGGAGGCGUACAAGCCAAAGAGAUUGGCAUCAUUAGUUUGUAUAACGCUCAGUUAGAGAAGAUAACAGGAAAACUAGGCAAUAAUGAUAUUGAAGUCAAAACUGCAGAUGGGUUUCAGGGAAAAGAGAAAGAACUAAUAUUGAUCACUUGUGUCAGAUGUAACGAGAAAGGAAGCAUCGGAUUUUUGGAGGAUCCUCGUCGUUUUAAUGUCAUGCUUACGCGAGCAAAGAGAGGACUUAUCAUUUUUGGGGAUCGAAAAACCCUUUGCACCAAUGAAAUGUGGAAACGAUGGUUUACAUGGGUCGAUUUAAAUGACAUUGUGGUCGAUUACAAGCAGCAAAUCAUCUCUUCCAAACUUUCAACACUUUCACGACACGAAAAAAAUAUGCCUAAACACACGAAAUCUCCUGUUCCUUAUAUUUUUGAUUGUGAACCAAUGUCUAUCGCUCAAUUUACCAAACCUAAAAGGACCAAAAAAAAAAAAGGCUCGCUUUUACCUUACUUCAAAUGUGAACCCGAACAAAAAAUCUAUUUCCUUCCUCAUAUCAAAAUAUCUCCUUUUCUAAUCAAAGAUGAAUCGGAAGAAUGGGUUACUUCUCCUAUAAAAGACGCACCGGAAAAGCGGAGUACUUAUCCUAUUAAAGAUAUUAAAGAUGAACCGAAAGAACAGGUUUUUGUUCCCAAACAAGUUGUGAUAGAAGAAAUGUCAGGAUUUCCUUGUUUCUGGCAAUUACAAUAUAAAUUACUUGAUGAUGAUAUUGAACCCUCUAAAAAGAAUUCCAACCCUUCUCAACCUGUCACAGGAGUUGACCCGUCGUCACCUUUAGAUAUUACUUACGAGAUUCAUCAUUUUUCUCGUGUCUUUUGUAAGCUAUGCCAAACGAUGUUUAUCAAUUAUGAAAAUUAUAAUAAGCACGUUAAAGAUGAUCAUGGAGUUAGGAUCUUUGUGUGUGACAUAUGUAAGGACGUGUUUUAUAAUGGGGGAGUAUAUAUGAAACAUAUCAAACAACAUAGAGAACUAUUCGAAUGUACGAUCUGUCUUAGGAAAUUUAGGAGAUUGAAUUCUCUUGACGCACACCAACAACAAAAACAUCCGCGGGAAGUAACCGAAUAUGGUCCUCAAGCUUUUCGAAUUGUAAUACAGUAG